AUGGCCGAUACAUUGCCGCAACAUCAUUCGGAUCCUCCACCAUCCUACGAAGAGGCAGAAUCCCAGUACCAAUCAGACCAAGGCGCGGAACCGUUUCACAGUGACUCCGAACCUCACCUUCCGUCAACCUUAUAUUCAACAACAAUUGGGUUCUCCGAACAGCCUCCCCCUCCUAAUAUACACGAUAUAACCCUGGAUGGCACUCUAAUCUAUCCAACCACACCCCCUGCCACCGCCCUCUAUGCCACCUCCUUCCACCUCGACCUGGGCCACCAUGAAAUCACCAUAUCCCGCCUAGUGCCGCGCCGCAGUGGACAGAAUGCAAACAUACGGCCCGUGCAACCGCGUGAAAAGGAUAUCUACAGUUUUAGACGACUGCCCAUGCUCAACACAGUGGAAAUCACCGGCCGUAGCCGGAGCACAAUUCCCGGCGUUCUGCUUUUGAAACCCACGCAAAAACUGCUGAAGUCUGGGUGGGUGCUGUGGCAUGUGCGCAGGAACACGGAGACAAUGCUAUUUCGGGUGAAACCGACUCGGAGUUCGAAACGGCGGGAGAUGCUGCAGUGGCAGGAUGGUGACGGGGGUACCGUUGCUGUGGAAACGGUUGCGCGUGGUUCCUGUGAUGAUGUUAGUCGCCAUAUGCGCCAGCCGCGGUUGCAAAUUGACGCCGAUGCCCCUUUAGAUGAAAUGUUGAUGGACGCUUUGGUGACGGCGUGGUGUGCGAGGAUUUGGAUUGGGUGGCAGUUUAAACGGGGAGAAUAA